AUGGGCUCUCCACAAAAUCGGGUUGCUUGUCUGAAUCAUGACGACGUCACUCCAUUCCCGGCCAUUACCAAAAACCCUGGUUACGCGCCAAUGUCAGAUCACACUUUCUGCAUCUCUCUGACCCUCGAAUCCAAAUCAACCACCCAACAUGACUACUCUGCACUACCUCCCCCGGUGAAGCCCUCCGCUAUUGCGAUGGGAACCUUCUUCACCCACACUGCCUCCCUCGGCAUCCUCGCCCCUGUUUUCGGUGACACCUACCACCGUGCCCAGUCUGCCAACUCCAAGGAAGAGUUCAUCAAGUCCAAGGAGGCUGCCGGUGCUGCUGCCGCAUGGGGUAGCUCCCUGGUUGGAAGUGCCGUCCAGACCUACGGUGUGGCUGCUUUGAUCAACGCCACAGGCACUCUGAGCUACAAGGGCGCUGCGUACCUUGGAACAUUGAUCUUCUUCGCUAGCUCCGCUCCUGGUUUCGUCAGCCAAAUCUUCUCCGAGAAGCGUCCCCUUGAUACCGUUGCCGUUGGCGCCGUGUCUCGAGUGUUCGAGACCGUCGGACUCAGCUUGUUCCUGACCUGGUGGGGAACUCGCACCAACCCCUUCGACUAAGCUUUUCGUUGGCUUUUGAAUACCUGUGAACACAAUCGAUGAUCAACGAUCAAUGAUGAAUAUUGACCAGGACACUCCAUUCCAUCAUAAAUCGGAAAGUAGACACGAUGUAUGCGAGGAGAGGCGAACCCUGUAUAUCUAGUUUCAAUUUUAUUUCCUUAUUUUAAUCGGCUGAUGCAAAUGCAAAUGCACGUCACAUUUCAUAUCUGUCUCUUAAA